CAGCUCUGAGGUCAUGUUAUGGUAGGGUUACACGCGUUGUGUGAUUCCCGUCAUGCUGUGGGGCAGGUGGGAAUGGCGGGCAGCUUAGUCCUGCUGCUCCUGGUCGGUCUGGGCGGCGGAGGAGGAUGCUGGGAACUCCCUGCCCUUCCCUGUAACCUGUACAACUCCUGCGAGUGCGGCUUCAGGCCGGAUCUUAAUGCGUUGGAUUGUGAUCUUGCCCGUAAUGUGUUUGGGCAGCACCUGGUGAGGGAACAACUGGUUAAGGCCGUAAAGGCGUUUGUGGAGACGGAGCGGCCCAGCAAGCCCCUGGUGCUGUCGUUCCACGGCUGGAGUGGAACCGGUAAAACAUUUGUGAGUUCCCUGCUGGUAAAACACCUGUACAGGGAUGGAAACCGGAGUCCGUACCUCCAUCGCUUCUCUCCCAUCCUGCACUUCCCGCACGCCCAGAACGUCAAUCAGUACAAGGAAGACCUGAAGCUCUGGAUCCAGGGGAACCUCACUGCCUGCAGCCGCUCCAUGUUUUUGUUCGAGGAGAUGGAUAAGAUGCAUCCAGGAUUGAUUGACGUCAUCACCCCCUUCCUGGGUCCUUCUUGGGUCGUCUUUGGUUCCAACUACAAGAAGGCCAUAUUUGUGUUUGUAAGUAAUUCGGGAGGAGAAGCCAUUAAUAACGUAGCGCUGAAUUUCUGGAGAGCGCGCAAGGACAGAGAGGAGAUUCAGCUCAAUGAUGUGGUGCCUGCUUUAACCAAAGCUGUGCUGGCCGACCAAGAGCAUGGCUUCUGGCAGUCUGAGAUUAUUAAGCAGAAUCUCAUCGAUGUCAUUGUGCCUUUUCUACCUCUGCGUCCCAACCACGUCCAGCACUGUGUGCGCAACGAGCUGGAGCAGAUGGGGCUGGCAUCCGAGGAAGACGUCGUACACUUGGUAGCCAGCAACAUGAUUUAUUUCCCUGAAGGCGAGAACGUUUUCUCGUCCACCGGCUGCAAAACUGUGCCCUUCAGGAUCAACUACUAUUUAUGAAAGCUGCAUCGGGCCGGAAUAAGACGAACACGAAAAUAGAGACAAUUCUUCUUCUCCUCCGGAGCAACCUCAACCUGUCCAUUACUGGAAAUGGAGCAUCACAUAGCGGUGGUUUGACAAGUACAGACUCCGUUCUUCAUACAUUAUGAUUGACCAGGCUGCUUAUAGGGGUUGUGGGUCUGUGGGUUGUGGAUGGUAUUGCAGCUCAUCUCUAUUCUGGUGAAUGGGGCUAAGCUGCAAUACCAGUCACAACCCAUACACAAGAGAGGCGCUGUUUCUGGGUGGAAAAUGGCUGCCAGAUCAUCAGCUGUGUUAUGUGCAUUACAAAGUGCACCUGCUUUAGGCAGAGUUCAAA